AUGGCAACUAACAACAGUUGUCUUUUGGGCAGCGAUAACCAAUUCGGCCCUCGCAUCGACUACAACUGCCGCAACUUUGACUUCACUCUUCUCUUUGAAGAUGCCAUCUUUCUUAUUAUUCCCUCAGUAGCUCUUUUGAGCGUCUUGACUGUACUUCACCUUAGCUUCGUCAUUAUUGAUGCCAAGUCGCUAGCUCUCCGCACAUCGGCCUCACUGGCUGCGGGAAUUCUCAACUUCAUCGCCGUUUUGGCCGCAGCUUUCCACUCAUUUCUGGAAGAUCAACGCUCCACUCGUCCCUCCGACUUGCUCAUACUCUAUUUCUCAGCAUCUGCCAUACUAUCGCUACCACGCCUGAGAACGCUAUGGCUUAUCACAGGCUCCGGAGCGCUCAAGGGUCUUUGGACUGCUAUCGUCGCUGUCACGAUCCUAGUCGUUCUUCUGGAGUCCAUCGGCAAGAAACGAUUCUUGCAGACAACGUACCAAUCCCUCACGAAAGAAGAAGAGACUGGCUUUUGGGGUCGCAGCUUCUUCACUUGGCUCAUGCCCUUCUUUUGUCUCGGGUACUCGCGGGUCAUUCACAUCCGAGAUAUGCCAGAAGUCGAUAAAGACUUGACUGGGGAUAGAGCAGGAGCAAGCCUCGAAUCAGCGUGGUUGAAGCGAAAAGGGGAGAAGUGCCAUGCAUUGAUUCGCUCCGGCUUUUACGCCUACCGCGGACCUCUAGUCGCCGGCGUCAUAACGCGUCUCUUCCUCACUGCUUUUACAUUUUGCCAGCCCUUCCUCAUCACGGCCACAUUGAGCUACAUGCAGACAACCAAGACGCCACAGUCUGAGAGAUACGGACAAGCACUCGUGGGAGCAUACGUGCUUACGUACCUCGGCCUGGCAGUCUCGCGAGCAGCGUUUUCCCGCCAUCAGUUUCGCUUCACUACGAUGCUCCGAGCAGGACUAAUGUCUUUGAUCUUCAAGCAGACCCUCGCUCUCAAAGCGGACGACUUGAAAGACAGCGCUGCGGUUACUUUGAUGGGCACAGAUAUCGAACGCAUCGUACUCACGUUCAAUAACCUUCAUCAGAUUUGGGCGGCGAUUCUUGAGGUUAGCAUUGCCAUAUUCCUCCUGCAACGCCAGAUAGCCUCUGCAUCUGUAGUACCAGUCGUCAUUUCUAUCGUAUGCGCUUUUGGCGUUAUCCCCGUCUCCAAAACCAUUGGAAGGGCACAGACGGCCUGGAUUGAACGUUUGCAGAAGAGAGUCGCCGUCACGGCCUCCAUGCUGGGAGAUAUGAAGGCGAUCAAGAUGCUUGGUCUCUCGGGCGUGUUGUCAACCACUAUCACCGAGCUGCGACGUGUUGAAUUGAAGACCUCGGAGAAAUUCCGCAAACUGAUCCUCUCUCAGAUCCUCGUUUCAAACCUUCCCGUCGAGUUUGCUCCGUUCGCGACAUUUGUCAUCUACAGUAUCAUUGCAGUCAUCACCAAAGAUCAAACACUGACGACGACGAACGCCUUUACUGCACUGUCUCUCAUCGGUCUUUUGACAGAACCACUCCUGAUGUUCUGCCAAUUCGUGCCUAACAUUGUACAAGGGGUGGCUUGCUUCAAGCGCAUCGAGAUGUUCUGCCUCAAGGGAUGCGAAUCAUCAUUGCCCGAACAACCAAUACCUCCGUCGCGCUCAUCAGACACCACCCUGAACAGGGCAAGCAUCGAGCUGGCAGAUCAUUCAACUCCCAAAACAUCUGAUCGAACCAUUGCCUCAUUCUGCAACGCAAAGAUCUCCUGGUCGCCUGAUUCCGACAUAGUCUUUAAGGACCUUUCCUUGACAAUCAAGCGAGGAAUCACCAUGAUAGUCGGCCCUGUUGGGUGCGGAAAGUCGUGCCUUAUGGAGAAGUGCAUGACUCACGGAACCGCCUACUGCGCGCAAACUCCGUGGAUGAUGAACGACACUUUGAGACGAAACAUCACUGGCGGCUUAGAGCAUGAUCCAAAAUGGUUCGACCAAGUUUUGUGGCUCUGCUCCUUGACUGAAGAUGUCAAGAACAUGCCUGAAGGAGAGCUGUACAAAAUUGGUAGUAACGGGGUCGGCUUGAGUGGAGGGCAACGGCAGCGUGUGGCAGUCGCUCGCGCCGUCUACUCUAGACACCGAGUUAUGGUACUAGAUGACGUCUUCAGCGGCCUCGAUUCCAAAAGUAUUAGCCAAAUCUCGAGUCGCCUCUUCAGCAAAGAGGGCCACUUUCGCCGGAAUGAGAUCUCCAUCAUUCUUGCGACUCACACCCGUUCACUUCUUCGAUAUGCAGAUGAGCUGAUCGUUCUCACUGAGGGCCAAGUCCUGAGCCAGGGUUCGUAUGAACAUAUCCUUGCUAGCUCAUCUGACUUGAUUGCGAAAUCGAAAUUAGAAGAUGACGAUAAUUCUUCACGUGGUGAGGAGUCGGAGCAAGCUGAGGGUUCUGUGAAAUCCACACAAAUCCAAAGGACCCUGGAUGCCGAGGAAGAUAGGCUGCGUCAGAACGGCUCAUGGUCCGUUUACAAAUACUACUUCGAGCGUGCUGGCUGGAUAGUGGUUGGCUCAUUCGUCUUCGCCACUUUUACCGAGGCAUUCUGCAGUGGAUUUACAAAUAUCUGGUUUCAAUGGUGGGUGGAAGCCAACGAAAAACGGCCAAAUGACAACCUCGGCAUGUAUCUUGGGGUAUAUGCUCUCUUAUUUGCAAUGGCAUGUCUUGGACUUUCUGUGGAAUGCUGGCUGCUCUUCAUACGGAUCAUAAGCGCGACAGCCAUGAGUUUACAUGGUGAUCUACUGCACACAAGCUUGAGAGCACCACUGAGCUUCUUUCAGUCAACCGAUACUGGCUCCAUCACCAAUAGAUUUAGCCAGGAUCUCAACCUAGUGGAUGUUACUCUUCCAUCGAAUGCUAUCAACUUCGCCUCAAAUGCUUGCGCUUGCAUUUUCAAGCUCAUCAUACUUUGUGUCAUGGGCAAGUAUCUGGCGACGUCAGUGCCUCUCUUAGUAGGAGUGCUCUUCUUCGUUCAGCGAUACUAUCUCCGCACCUCCCGUCAAGUCCGUCUCCUCGACAUCGAAGCCAAGGCUCCGAUCUACACCCAUUUUCUUGAAACACUGAAGGGCGUUGCAACCAUCCGUGCUUACAGAUGGCAAGAGAACUUUGAGGAGCAGGCGACGAAGCUACUCAACAUCUCACAGAAGCCCCACUACAUGCUAGCAUGUAUCCGACAAUGGCUCGCCCUGAUUCUGGACCUCGUCGUUGGCGCCCUAGCGCUGAUCAUUGUGGCCAUGGCGAUAUCCAUCACCGAAAAGUUUUCUCCUGGUGCGAUUGGUGUGUCAAUGGUUCUAGUCUUGGGUUUCAACAACUCUCUUGCGACUACGAUCAAGAAUUGGACUGCAUUGGAGACGUCUAUCCGUGCUGUUGCCAGAAUAAGAGAGUUUGCUCAGACAACGCCUUCUGAAGAGCGCGAUUUGGGAAGCUCUGGUAUCCCUCCUGAAAGAUGGCCAUUGCAGGGACGUAUCGACUUUGAGAAUGUCACUGCGAGGUACACAAGAGAUGGUGACGCAACGCUCAAGAACUUGACACUUUCAAUAUCAUCUGGUCAAAAGAUCGCAGUUUGUGGGCCGUCAGGCAGCGGCAAGACAUCCUUCGUUCUCUCGCUACUUCAGAUGAUUGAAGUCACCGACGGGAAGAUCCUCAUCGACGGCAUCGAUCUUGAAGGCUUAGAGAGAUCAGAAGUACGUUCACGGAUCAAUUUCAUACCCCAGGAGCCAUUCUUCAUUCCUGGCAGCGUUCGAUUCAAUCUCGAUCCACACGCCCGCGAAAGCAGCGAGACCAUCAAAGUAGCGCUCGACAAGGUUGGGCUUCUUGGGAAGAUCGGUAUGGCAGGUGGUCUGGAUAGCGAGCUAGACGCCGAUGGCUUCUCGGCAGGGGAAAGACAAUUGCUGGCGUUGACGCGUGCGCUGAUCGAAAAGAGUCAGAUUUUGAUCUUAGAUGAAGCUACAAGCAGCGUGGACCAAGACACCGAAGACAAGAUGCAGCGAAUCAUUGAAGAGGAGUUCUCAGACCAAACUGUCGUAUCUGUCACACACCGUCUGAGAUUCAUAGAGAAGUAUGACCGAGUACUUCUCUUGAAGCAGGGAGAAGUGGUAGAAUGGAACACUCCCAAUGCCUUACUAGCCACUGAGUCUGAGUUUAAGAAGUUGUUUGCAGCUACGCAAACUUCACGUUGAGCAUUGUAGAAUAUGAGGCAGUUUUAGAUGGUCGCGGACUUAAUGCAUUUGACUUGAAGUUUCAUGAUGAGAGACUGAGAGGCAAAUGAGCGGUUCUGAUUCGAUGCCCCUACGUGUAAAAGAUAGAGCCAUAGCAAGGUGUUAAGGUUAAGGAGCGUUCCCCAG